AUGACGACUCUUCUACGAGUGUUACUCGUGUGCCACGUGGCACUUGCUUCUGCCCGUCUCGUCAUUCUCCCGAAUGAUGCUGAUGGUGAGGAUACUGUAACAGUGAUCACAGUCUUUCAAUGAGAAGGAUUCCAGAGGAGUGGUGUACCAGAGCUGGCUGCUCUGACAAUGAAAUGUGCGUGCUGGAUUCGGAUAAGAAUGAGGUCAAGUGUAUGGAUCAAUCUGAACUGUUAGUAUCUUGACCUAUUUGGCAUUUUACUAUAAGCUUUCAUACCUUUUCAGGACCCACUUUGUCAAGAACCACGGUAGCCAACACUCGGAUCACCGCGCUGUAAGUUCGCCUGAUUUAUUGUAUCGUUUCGUAUGUAGUGAGUGAUAUGGGCAAACUUCAAAGGAAACCUUCCGAAGUUAACAUAAAUCAAGCUAAACCAACAAACAAAGAAGAAACCACUUCUUUCGAUGACUUCUUCUUAUUCAUCUUAUUCCUGUGUCGUUUUCUGUGCGGUUGGUCGCAAUUCAGUCGUAAAUCACACUGGAAGAAGACGAAGACGACGAUCUUUUUUACGGCGGCCUAAAAAGCGUGUCGUCGCCAACGUCACCGAUGAAUACCGGAUUCAUUUUUGAUGAUCUUGACUUUUUCCAGCAUGUUCCGGAGCAAAAGAAGGACAAGCCAGCUCACUCCAGCCUUCGUAAGUUUGAGAUGGACUAUGCAGAAAACCCGGGAAAUGCAGAAAACCAAGACGCUAAAAAUUUUGAAAAUUCAUUCGAAAGUGAAGAGAAAUAAGACCCGUACAAUGGAAAACAACGGGAAAACGAGGAAGAGAUCAAAACUUGAGCCAAAUAAUCAGGUAGUUUACAGACUGCUCGAGAAACGAACUGAUGCGGAUGGGAGGACGUCUCGCCAAGUGGUUCAAGGAUGUCCAUUCCGUGGUCGCCGGAGUCGAGCACACUUUGAAACGUGAGUUGAUCAUUAUAUCACUGCGGGAAUCUCUCGAGCAGACAUUUUGAUGGCUUCCUGAAAACAGUGUUCAUCUGUCUUGUUUCCAAUUUCUGAUGUAGAUGCGAAACGAGAAAGGAACCGAGUGGAAAUGAAGCGUGAAAUUGCUUCUUCGCCUUCUCGGCCGUGCCGUUUAGCCCGUUUAAUGGUCGUAACGGAGGUGUAUCUACUGUUUUGUUCAAAAUUUGGGGGAAUAGAAAUAGACUUACUUGAUAGGUGGGAGGUGGUUGCGAUGGAAUUACAAAGUACGGAGGUGGCAGGGUUCCACACUCGAGAUCACGAAGCUGUUCAUCUUCUGGCUUCGUCGGAGGGUUAUUCAACUUGAACUUUCUCAUGUGUCUAGAAAUAGAAUAGUUAGAUUACUGUGGAAGAGAAGCGUAGGCGUGACCUACUCCGGAUAGAUAUUCGCUCACCUGGCUAGGAAAAAGAGGAAAAGAAAGAAGAGCACACUGGCGGCGGCUCCGUUGGCCAUCGACUGUCGAUACAUGUUUCUCUAUAACUCAAUGAAUACGUAUUGUCAAACUGGAAUGCAGACGACAAUAGAAAACGAAAGAAAAGAGGCAAAUUGGGCGAUAACAUUGGGAGGAGACAAAGAAGGUUAAGGGAGAGGUCUAAUGUGAGUGAGAAGGAGGCGGAAGGAGGCAAAUAGAUCCGAACGUAUGAUAGCUUUGAGAUUGACUUUUUUAAUGGAAUCUGCUAGACGAUGCGGAAAAUUGAAGGAGAUUGAUCAAUUUUGAAGAGGUGUAUGGGAGAGAAAACAAAAAGAGAGGCGCUACUGAUAGGUGUCUGUUUGUUUAAAGAGAGAGAAAGUUUGAAAAAUAUCUGGAUUAUGUUUGUGUUUCUCACGGUCUCACGACUAUCGAGGACUUUUAGUAUAUAGUACUUAUCAUCAAAAUAAGAGAAUAUCAAAGAGAAAUGAAUGAAGGUAGAGAUCGCCUCCGUCUCAGCAGGAGACCGCCCAUUUCGGGGCGGACAAGACGAAAAGAAGACGAAGAAGACGCGUGCUGCGUUUGAGUAAUGGGACAAGACGGUAUACACAGGAAAAGGGAAAAGCGUCUUGAAAAAUAUGGGAAUGCCGGAGGGGAAGCAUUCGAAAAGUAAUAUGGGAGUCAGCGGAAUGACUCAGUCGGCGAUGCCUGUCUAUAUUUCAUGAGUUCGCCUACUUUUCAGUGCAUUCCGUGCCGUGCCGUCCUGACGUCGCCUGGAUGUUCGGGCAGUGGGAUGGAAACAGCGACGGACUGCUCUCGAAGGUUGUUUAGUUUCAAAUGCACUUAACUCUUUUAAGGUACACGUUUAGAGCGAGUUGAGACCGAUCGAGAGAGGAGGAAAUGAGCCAUGCGUCGAGGAAUUCAUCGACAUCUGCGGUAAGUUGAAUUUGGAGGUUUUCUAAGUUUAUUGAUUUACUUCCAGAUGACAUGGUCGUAGAUGGAUCCAUCUCCGUUGACGAGUGGUGCGACUGCUUCUCCUUCUCCGAUGACCUGAGACACGAGCCGCCAUGCCACAAAGCUAAGCACGAAGUCGACCCACAUCUUCUUGGUGAGUGCUCUUAGAUACAAUUCGUGUACUAUAGGAAAAUACGCUUUUUCUGUUUAUUAACAUAUCUCGGCUCGUAGUGGUCCGAUUUUGACCGCUAAACCUGGAGGGAAUGUAUUGGAGGAAAUGUAUCUCACAGCGAACCGGCGGUUCGCUAGUCUUCUUGGUGAGUGCUCUUUGAUACAAUUCGUGUACUAUAGGAACAACACUGAAUUUAUAUUUAUUUACUCUCAAGGCAGUGACAAAAAUUUUGAAAUUCGAAAACAAAAAUGACAAGUCGAAUUAGGAUAAUUCUCAUUGCGCGGUUUGCGCCCCGGUUGUUGACAGUAUCUCGCUGUUCAUCUGUAGAAGUUUGAGGCGUGAAUGUUGCAUAAUUACGAUGGACGAUGGACAAGAUAAUAAGCCAUUCCGGAGAAGAAAUUCAUGUAGAAACUCUGCGUGGCUUUUGAAAAGUCCAUGGCAUUUCAGGAGUGUUCCUGCCACGUUGCGACCUCGAGGGAUUCUACAAACCGGAGCAAUGCCACGAGGGACACUGCUGGUGUGUGGAUCGUUACGGACGCGAAUUCGACAAGUCCAGAGUGUCCAACUCUCUUCCAGACUGCGGACAAUACGGUAGGUUUUAGGUUCUCGCCCACUCCAAAAAUUGGUAUUCUAAUUUCAGCUUCGGACCUGACCGAGGAAGACGUCGUCUUCCUUAAGGCUAGAAUGUGA